CUUCGGAACUGCCCGGGGAGGGCCAGGGUGCAGCCUCGAGCCGUGCACGAUCCCCAAGGCCGAAGGGAGCCCCCCAGACGGGGAGGUGACAGUGCCAAGUGAGUGACUGCACCCAGUGUGGCAGGUUCGGCUGCCUGUGGGGGGGUGCACCUCCAUCAGUGCCGGCCUCCUAUUCAGACUGUUCCACGGGAAUUUUUGUUCAGCGUUUUGGGUGUCUUUCUGUACUGAUACACACACACAGACCUCUCAUUCUUUUUAAUGGUUGUAUAUUUUCCAUUGUUUGGGCUUUUUUUUUUAAACUUAAUUCCCAAAUGGCUUUUGUCUGGCCAGUUGUUUAUGAUGCGUUAUUUAAUUUGGUAUAUGGAAGCUUUACUCUUUUAUAUAAUUGUCAAAUACAGUUGACCCUUGAACAGUGUGGGGGUCCAGGUGCUGAUCCCCACAGUCAAAAUCCACAUGUAACUUUGGACUCCCCCGAAACUAAGCUACUUGUAACCUGCUGUUGGCCAGAAGCCUCGCCGACAUCAACAGUCCAUUACACAUAUGUUGUAUGUACUAUGUACUAUGUUCUUACCAUAAAGUAAGUUAGAGAAAAGAAAAUGUUAUUAAGAAAAUCUUAAAGAAGAGAAACGUAUUUACCAUUCACUGAGUGGGAGGCAUCGUCCUUCCUCCUUGUCACCUUCGCAGGGCGGAGGCUGCUCUUGCUGCCUCAGGGCAGUUCAGACCCGCGUUGCUCCAGGGUCCCCUGUGCAUUCUCGUGUUUAAUAACCGUUGAACAGGAAGGAGGUCUCCAUGUACGAAUGUCCUUCUAAUCUCCCCACUGAAGCCAUGUGGCCCAGCGGAGAGACCUCAUCUGCUGGGUGGUCACUAGUCCUGGCUGCCACUUGCUAGUUCUGUGACCUCAGACAAUUCCCCCCAAACCUUAUUUUCUCACCACGAAGUCAGAAUUAACGCUGCCCGCUUCUCGGCGGGCCUGUGCGCAACAGAAGAGAUGGUCAAGUGCAGCACCCUGAGCGCUGCUGCUCCCUGAGGAAAUGGGCUGUUUGUUUUUUUGUUGUUGGAAGGAAUAGUGGUGAUAGCAAUAAUCUACUAACUAAUGCUGCUGACCGCGACACCUGUGCACCAGAAGCGAUUUGGAGCUGCCCAGCACUGCCCGCGCCAUGGACUGUGAGGUCAGCAAUGGCUCGGGCCUCAAGGAUGCGCACAUCACAGACUUGCUGGUGUUUGGCUUCCUCCAAAGCUGCUGCAGCAACAGUUUCCAGACAGAGCUGCAGGCACUGGGCUGUGAACUGUCUGUGCAAGAUCACCUGUGGGAGGACUAUGAGGACGAGCUGCAGACAGACGGCAGCAGGGCCAGCCGCUUCCACGUGCAAAGAAUAGAGGCAGAUUCUGAAAGUGAGGAGGACCUCAUUCAGACUCUGGCCAGGCAGCUGGCCCAAAUAGGGGACAGCAUGGAGCGCAGCAUCCCCCCGAGACUGGUGGAUCACCUGGUGAUGCAGUUUAUGAACCGGAACCUGUUGGAGGAAGACAGAAGGGGGCACCUGGCCACCGCCGUGGAGCAGCUGAUGCAGACUUGCCCUGCAGACUUGGAGCAGGAGAAGGCCACGCUGGUGCUGACCAUGCUGCUGGCCAAAAAGGUGGCCGAUCACACGCCGUCCUUGCUCCGUGAUGUCUUUCGCACAACAGUGAAUUUUAUUAACCAGAACCUGCUCACCUAUGUGAGGAACUUGGCCAGAAACAUGGACUGAAUGGAUGACUGCAAAAGCGCGACCGGCUACACCUGGCGUGGUGACAGCAGUGCUCCUGCCUCCAAUGGAGAUGGAGCUCUGGCCGUAUAAACAGAGUCCCUGGAGAAGACAGGCACUGGGCGAUAGUAUUUAUUUCUCACCAUUUUUAAAUGAUGUUUUAAGCUGGUGACCCAUUUAGAAAUUUCAACAUUAAUACACUUGAAUGAAAAUGUCAACUUGCACAUAUUUGAAUGGGUUUCAUAGCAUUUCCUAAAUCUACACGUUGUGCCUUUAUCUUAUUUCAGCUGUACAGGUUCCCACAUGAAAAUUAAUUUUUUUUAGAUGAAACUAUUUAUUGGCCAAGAAAAUUAAGUUUAAAAGCAGAUUUUUAAGACAGAAGAACAAAACACAAUUUUUUUUGGUAAAAAAAAAAAAUCUGUUUAUUAAAUUACAACCUUGUGGGGGACGGUCUUACAGCAAGCAGUGUCCCGUUUGAGGAGAGCAGGGCUUGGAGAAGAAGUGCACAUACCCACCACAAACGAUAGGGAACAUCUUAAUACUGAGGAAGCAACAGUUUUCCUGUUUGAAAACCAGAUGGCACAGAGGUUCUGGACUAACGUGCUGUGCUCAAACGAUGGGAAGUUCCAGCCUCAUCCAUAGCCGUUUGACUUUUCCAACUUGAUUUCCUUUUGUUUGAGUCAAGAACAACUAUGGGCAGUAAAAGGUGUGAAGGUGAUUUACGGGCCCAACAGUCAACCACUGUUUCCAAAAUCUGGUAACUAAAUGUACUUUUUCUCUUUCUAAAAAAACCAAGACUUCACUUAAAAAAAAUCUUUUUUUCCUAAAAUUUCAAGCUGGUGGGGUACCGGAAACUGCUGCACACGCCCUGGUAAGAGCCUUGCAGUUUCGGUGCCCAGUCACACCGCUCAGCCCAUCGCUGCCUGCGGAGAUGCAUCAGAAGAAAACAGGUUUCCAGGCAUAAAAGAUGAGAGCGCAACUAGGCUUUUUAAAAUUCAGCAACUGAAGGGACUCCCUUUCCUGGGGACAUUGUCAAAACCAAGUCACUUAGGUAGUGCCAAAAACAACAAGAAAAGCUUAGGUGUAGAAACAGUGCAACACUGGUCUUUUGUUCCCAAAUAUAAGCUAUUUCCUAGGAAUCAGUUUAAAACUGACAGUGGAUCAUGGGGCCGUUUCACAGACAUUACCUUCAACAGUGAAGCUCUUGCUACUGUGAACGCGAUGCUUCUGGGGAAGCAUGAACAGGAAUAAUGAAAUACUAAUAAAUACUUUGUUAUCCAAAA